AUGUCCCGUAACGUCGCUGCAGCUGCGGUGCUGAUCGUCAGCUACCUGAUGAUGGUGGUGGCGACUGCUACUGGAUCCGCAAUGGACGAUCCAUCGUACAAACAGUGGAAAGGACGCAUCGUUGGUGGACGUUACGCGCAGGAUGGAGACUUCCCGUACCAAGCAUCGCUCCGCACGCUCGACGGGAUGCACAUUUGUGGCGGUGCCGUCCUGAACCGGCAAUGGGUCAUCACGGCAGCUUCCUGUGUUUUUGGACGAACGCUCGAUGAUACCCGGGUUAUUGUCGGUGCGUACCGGUUGAGCCAGGGAGGCUACAAUCUCGGACUGCGACGCAUCAUCAUGCAUCCCAACUUUGCCUCCGCCACGUUGGCCAACGAUGUGGCCGUUGUUCGCGUUUCCACCCCAAUGGUGCUCAGUGAUGCCGUCCAGGGUGUACAGCUGGGAUCGUACCGGAUCGCAGUAGCCUACGGUGCUCUGGUGUCCGGUUGGGGUCGUUUAGAAUUCUCCAACCCAACGUUCCCAGACAAUCUGCAGUACAUUGCGGUGAACGUGAUCUCUGAGUUGGAGUGCCGUGCACGGUUCGCUUCGCCUUACGAUGAGCGCAUCUACACCUCAACGCUCUGCAGCUCUAGCCCCGUUGGUGAGGGCACGUGUCUGGGAGACGCAGGAAGCCCGCUGGUGCACGGUGCUGAACUGCAUGGCAUCGUUUCGUGGGGCAUUCCGUGCGGUGAAGGAUAUCCCGAUGUGUACGCUCGGAUCUCAUCUCACCGUGGCUGGAUUCUGGCGCACACACUAAUCUAA